AUGGAACAUCAGAAAGGCCCUGAUGUCCGUGCCGAGACGCUCGACAUACAAAGAUGGAGGUCGACUGUCAAAAACAACGAAACAAAUGAGGUUCAAACACUUUUGGAAACCCAGACAGAAAAUGCGGGUCUUGCUUCAUCGUCGACACAAGACUCUGAUGCCAACAAACCCCAAGAGGGACAUGAUGAAAGUUCUAGUACUGAUGACGGAUCAAAUAACAAAGCUGACCCACUUUACGAUGUCAACAAGUCUACUCGUUCACAGUGCAUCGGUGGCAUCUUUGUUGGUUGUCUUUUAGCCCUCGCAUGUAUCACGUCUGGUAUCUACGUCCUUGCCACGCGAAAGGAAAGGCUUGCUGCUCGCAUUGACAUUGAUGCGACCGCAACAGAAAUGCUAUCACUUGUUUUCAACAUCGUACUCACGUUCUGCAUCGACAGCAUGGCUUUCAUUCAUUCGGUAUCCUUGAGAUGGGCCCUGUACAGUGAACAGCGAUUGGAAUUCAAUACGAAUCUCCGCCUUCUCACCAGUUCGAGCAAGAGUGGACCUAAUCGGUGGUAUACAAACGUCUUUAGCAUGAUUUGUCUAGCGUUCUGUUACGGAGCUUCAAGUUACUUACUAUUACCCACCGACUACCUACCGGAUGUUGUAUUUUUGAACGGUGUGGCUCUGGUGGUACUGGGCUUGGCACUUUUGGGACACGCGAUAGUUUCGACCUGGUGUCUUCGGACCCGGUCGGAUUCUGUAUUAACUUGGAGUUCCAAUCCAUUGAGCAAUUGCUUAGCGGCCGUGCAGAGUGGGAUGCUUCAACGACGCGAAGGAAGAUGUAUGCAGCCCGUGUCUGAUCAUAGCUCUUCUCCAUCGGGACAAGGCUACGAACACGAUGACAUGGAGCCAGUUCAUCCUCUUAAGAAACAAAAGAGCAUCUACAAUUCACACAAGCAUACAAAAAUGAUCAUCAUAUUGCUGUGGACGCUGGCAAUACUCGCCACAGGAUGGGUGUUUACAAUCUUGGGACUGGAUCUUGCCUACGCAGCCGAUAGCGGCAAUUAUUGUCCACCUGGCGCAACCACACUAAAAUGGGAUGUACAAGCUCCAGGUAGUUGUGACAGCAAUAUGGCCAGCCUCUCGAUGUCCUUUUCUCAAAAGGGAGAUGGAUAUGAUCAAGACAAAUACCCGCUCCUGCAAGUAUGCUUGGGCUUGCUCUUCAUCACCGCUAUUCAAGCAACCCAGUCUUUCGCCUUGCACUGCACUGAACUCCUUGUCAACAUUUCACGAGAUGAAAAUCACUGGAGGAAAGCUUAUGACGGUAUAGGAACCAGCGGGAAAUGUCCCAAAGGGUCUCUGCUCGCGAGCGACUCACUGAAGAACGCAUUGACCAGCUGGGAAUACAUCACCCUGAGCAUCUUCAAGUCCCUUUUGCACUGGAGCGUUGGUCAAGCUCUACUGCCGUCCAUGAACGGACGAUUCAUAGGCCCUGUCGAGUUUUUGACUCCCUCUUCCGUAGAGGGAGAAAUGGCUCUGGCAGGCAUUACAUUUUACAUGACUUAUACUCGGUUGAUGCUUUACGCAGGCCUUGCUAUACUACUGGCCGCGUUUGCAACUUUCUUGGCACUCAGAAAGCGAUCGGGACCUCAGCCUGCUACUGUGGGUCAUUUGCAAACUAUUGCUGAUCUGGUUGAUGAUUGGACUUUGAAUGAGAAGGGUCGUAUCUUUUGGGGAGACAAGGGAGCCGACACGGAAGCUGAAAUUCGUCAUGCAGGGACCAGCUCAGACCCAGAUGCUUUAGAAAAGAUUUGCCUUGAUGCUAUUUAUGCAGGAUAG